AUGAAAUCCGUGAUCUACUUCUGCAACUGGGCGAUCUAUGAUCGCAAUCAUUUUGUUCCGGAUCUUCCGGCAGCAAAUUUGACCCAUGUCUUGUACGCGUUUGCAGACAUAGACCCUGAUACUGGGACUGUUAAGCUCUCGGAUUCUUGGGCAGAUGUCGAAAAGCAUUACGACGGUGACCGGUGGGACGAAGCUGGCAGCAACCUCUACGGGAACUUCAAGAAGCUUUUCAGAUUGAAGCAGCAAAAUCGCCGAUUGAAGGUCUUGCUAUCGAUAGGGGGCUGGACUUAUUCCCCUCACUUCGCCCCUAUGGCCGCAGACCCGAACAAGCGCGCUGUAUUUGUCUCUUCGGCACUGAAGCUUCUCAACGAUCUCGGUCUAGAUGGUCUUGAUAUCGACUGGGAGUUUCCGAAAAAUCUAGGCGAAGGCGAACAAUAUCUGCAGAUUCUACAUGACUUGAGAGUGGCGCUCGAUCAGAACUCGAGAGAUAUUCUUAGUCUCACUGGAUACCAACCCAAAUUUUACCUUACCAUUGCUGCGCCAUGUGGAGCUGAGAAUCUUGCAAACUUAUUGAUUCCGCAAAUGGAUCAAUACCUUGAUUUCUGGAAUCUGAUGGCUUACGACUUUGCGGGGCCAGCAUGGGCAACGAGGACAGGCCAUCAGGCUAAUAUUUAUGGGGAUCCGAUCUCGGCCGAUAGCGCGAUCAACCAUUACGUUCAGCAGGGCGUACCUGUACAGAAGAUUAUCUUGGGUAUGCCUUUGUAUGGCCGUGUUUUUGGAAACACUGAUGGGCUGAACAUGCCUUUCAACGGCCAUGGAGAUCGGGGAUCAUGGGAAGCCGGUGUCCUUGAUAACAAGGCACUCAGUACAAUGGCUACCAUGGACUAUACAGCUAUUGCGUCUUAUAGCUACGACCCAAUUAGCAGGACGCUGAUUACGUACGAUACUCCAGAAUGUGCUGCUUUGAAAGGGAAAUAUAUAGUCAACAAGGGUCUUGGUGGCGCUAUGUGGUGGGAAUCAAGUGGUGAUAGACCAGCAGACGCUGAGGAUUCAAUCGUGAACACAGUAAUCAAUGCCAUAGGUGGAAGGCGUCAGUUGGAUCAGGAGGCUGAAAAUAACCUCUUUUAUCCUAAUAGUGGAUAUGUCAACAUACGAGAGAAUCGUGCGCUUUGA